AUGGCAUUUGAAUGCCAAAAGGAUACACAAGACAAUUUGGGAGACACUUCAACAAAUCACUUGGAUAGUUCUCAAGUGGGAAAAGCCGUCCCGGAGCAACUCGGUUUGACGGGCAACAGAAAGCUCGAACCUUUGGGGUCUGAAAAUCUUCAAGGUGCAUUUGGCAAGCUUGGGAUCCAUUCUGCUGAUCCUUUUUUCAAGUCACCCAGGUCUUUCGUUGACCUUCCUCCGGCUUUAGUGUCUGAAAUCCUCAAUUUCCUUGACCCAAAAGAACUUGGGACAAUUUCUUGUGUCAACACAUCUCUGUACAAGCUCGCCUCAGAACACCACGUGUGGAAAGAGUUCUACAGUGAGAGGUGGGGCCAUCCGGUGAACUCUAUCGGGUUGGCGCAAGACGACAAGUCAUGGAAAGAACUAUUCGUCGAGCGGGAUUUUCGUAGCAAGACGUUCAUGGGGCGUUACAGUAUAGACACGCUUUACGGGCACACUGAAGCAGUGAGGACCGUCUUCGUGUUGGUUUCUAAGAAGCUGGUGUUUACUUCAGGUUAUGAUCAGGUGGUGAGAAUGUGGGACAUGGAGGAAGGUCGGUCCAUUGCAUCAUCACGGCCUUUAGGUUGCACCAUACGGGCAGUUGCAGCCGACUCAAGGCUCUUGGUGGCUGGGGGUACGGAUGGGUUCAUACACGGUUGGCAUGCGCACGAUGAAAAUCCUAAUUUGUUCGACAUCAGCAGCCCACCGCACGAUCAGAACACAGAGUUUCGGCUAUGGGAACACGUGGGUCCCAUUACUUGCCUCGCUUUGGAUUUCAACAGGAUAUACAGCGGUUCGUGGGAUAUGACCGUGCGGUUGUGGGACCGUGCAUCUUUGAAGUGUCUGAAGGUGUUGAUGCAUAACGACUGGGUUUGGAGCCUCGUGCCUCACGAAACCACUAUUGGUAGCACAGCUGGCUCGAGUGUCCACAUUUGGGAAACUAACACGGGAAAUCAGCUUGUUGUCAUUAAUGGUGCUCAUGGGGGUAACGUCUAUUCCCUUGCGAGAAGCCACACUGGAAAGCUUCUGUUUAGUGGCGGGGAGGAUGGUUCUAUACACAUGUUUGAGAUAACUGGGAACUCCGAGUGCAAAAACGCGCGAAAAAUAGCGACUUGGAUUCCCCACACGGGACCUGUUCACUCCCUUGCCUUUGAGUUUCCCUGGCUUGUGUCGGCCUCUAGCGAUGGGAGAAUCUCACUCAUUGAUGUUCGUGGGCUGCUGAAGACCAAAAAAAGAUUCUCCACCGAGAAUGCUGAUUCGAGGGGUGACUACUUGUGUCAGAAGAAUGUGGAGCCCCCUCAGAGAAUGUUGCACGGUUUUGGAUGUAAUUUGUUCUCGGUUGGAAUCGGUUUUGAUCGUAUUGUUUGUGGAGGUGAGGAGGGCGUUGUUAGGAUAUGGAAUUUUUCGCAGGCUUUGGAUAUUGAGCAGCGGGUUCGAGCCCUGAGAGGUAAGAGGAUCGAGAAUAGGAUGAGGCGCCGUAGGAUUCAGCAAGAGACGAAUGUUAAAGGUAAUUUGGAUGGGCAAUGCUCCUUUGCUGCUAAAAAGAAUCUGAUAAACGGGAACAAGAAUGAGUGGCACAGCAAGCGUAGAGUGAGCGGGAAGGGAAGGUAA